CUAGACUGACCGCCUCCCGUGUAUAAAUUCCGCAACCAAGGCAUUUUCUUCCUCUUUCUGUUACCUGGCAAAGGGGAGCAGCUGCUGUGGAGUAACCGAAAAACCCUGAAACGUAAAUCAUGGGAAAGGAAAAGACCCACAUUAACAUCGUGGUUAUCGGCCACGUCGACUCUGGAAAGUCAACCACCACCGGCCAUUUGAUCUACAAAUGCGGAGGCAUUGACAAAAGAACAAUCGAGAAGUUUGAGAAGGAAGCUGCUGAGAUGGGCAAGGGCUCCUUCAAAUAUGCGUGGGUGCUGGACAAAUUGAAGGCUGAGCGUGAGCGUGGCAUCACCAUUGAUAUUGCUCUCUGGAAAUUUGAGACCAGCAAAUACUACAUCACCAUCAUUGAUGCCCCUGGACACAGAGACUUCAUCAAGAACAUGAUCACUGGUACUUCACAGGCUGACUGUGCUGUCCUGAUUGUUGCUGGUGGUGUGGGUGAAUUUGAGGCUGGUAUUUCCAAGAAUGGACAGACCCGUGAGCACGCCCUCCUGGCUUUCACCCUGGGAGUGAAGCAGCUAAUUGUUGGAGUCAACAAGAUGGAUUCCACUGAACCCCCUUACAGCCAGGCUCGCUUUGAGGAGAUCACUAAGGAAGUCAGCGCUUAUAUCAAAAAGAUUGGCUACAAUCCAGCAGGUGUUGCUUUUGUCCCAAUUUCUGGAUGGCAUGGAGACAACAUGUUGGAGCCCAGCUCAAACAUGGGCUGGUUCAAGGGAUGGAAGGUUGAGCGCAAGGAAGGCAAUGCCAGUGGGACCACUCUGCUUGAAGCCCUGGAUGCCAUCCUGCCCCCCUCCCGCCCCACCGACAAGCCACUUCGUCUGCCGCUGCAGGAUGUCUACAAGAUUGGAGGCAUUGGAACUGUACCUGUGGGCCGUGUUGAGACUGGUGUCCUCAAGCCUGGCAUGGUCGUGACCUUUGCUCCAGUCAAUGUGACCACUGAGGUCAAAUCUGUUGAGAUGCAUCACGAGUCCCUUCCUGAAGCAACACCUGGUGACAAUGUUGGCUUCAAUGUUAAGAACGUGUCUGUGAAGGAUAUUCGUCGUGGUAAUGUCGCUGGAGACAGCAAGAAUGACCCACCCCAGGAGGCUGGUAGCUUCAUUGCUCAGGUCAUCAUCCUAAACCACCCUGGUCAGAUCUCUCAGGGCUAUGCUCCUGUGCUGGACUGCCACACUGCCCAUAUUGCCUGCAAGUUUGCUGAGCUCAAGGAGAAGAUCGACCGUCGUUCUGGCAAGAAGCUUGAGGAUAACCCCAAGAACCUCAAGUCUGGGGAUGCUGCCAUUGUUGAAAUGAUCCCUGGCAAACCCAUGUGUGUGGAGAGCUUCUCAACUUACCCUCCUCUUGGGCGUUUUGCUGUGCGUGACAUGAGGCAGACCGUUGCUGUUGGAGUCAUCAAGAGUGUUGAGAAGAAGGCUGCUGGUGCUGGCAAGGUCACAAAGUCUGCACAGAAGGCUGCCAAGGCCAAGUGAAUUCUCCUCAUUCCAGCUGUUCCAAAGGUUUUGGGGUGUUGUGCCCCAUCUCCUGGAAUUUCUCUAAACCUGGGCACUCUACUCAAGGACUGGCUGAUGCUGAUUAAAACCCAUCGGAAAAAUUUUCGCAGGAAAGGAAUCCAAUAUGGAUAACUUGUGGUUUCAAUAUUGAUUGACUGAGUGCCUCUUUCAGUUGUUAAUUUGAGUUUAAUGGUUUAGAACUGCCUGUUGCCACAGUUGAAUUGGAAGGAAGCUGCUGAGUAACUAAUAAAGGUAUUAAAAAAUUU